AGUAUGUACAAUUUUUAUUUGAGCUGAGUUUCAAGUUGCAUUUGCUGUCCCAGAGAAUAUUUUUUCUUUACAAUUUAGUUUCAUACAUUGUAAUUCAAUUUUCACGACUUCUCGACUUUGUUUUUGUUUGACAGGGGCAAUAAGCAACCUAUUUCAUACGUUUUGAACGCGUAGUUAUAUUUUCGAAUGGUUCACCGGCUUCGACACUUGAGCCUUAAUAUCUGCUUGUUGAUUUUGAUACCGCUUGUAAGCAGUUUGUAAAAAAAAUACUACAGGGUAAAAAAAUGCCGUCGCCACCAAGAAGAAAAGCACACAGAGAAAAACGGCGGGAUCGUGAAAGAAAUCGUUCUGUUGGAAGAGAACGGAGGCAUUCAGUAGAUAGAGAGAAGAGUCGAGAUCAAAGCCGGGAACGUCGUGACCGAGACAGAGAACGAGAUUUACGACCUCGUGACUACAGACGGAGAUCCAGGUCUAGAUCGAGGUCGUACGACAGAGGACGAGAUAAAUCUCCUCAAUCAUCAUCGUCAAGGCGAUUUCAUGCGAAACCAAUAAUAACUGAAGCUGAUCUCGAAGGUAAAACACCAGAUGAGCAGGAAAUGUUAAAAACAAUGGGUUUCUGCGGGUUUGACACGACCAAAGGUAAGAAAGUGGAAGGCAACAACGUAGGAGAAGUACACGUAAUUUUAAAACGAAAAUAUAGACAGUACAUGAAUCGAAAGGGUGGAUUCAAUCGACCGUUAGACUUCGUUGCUUAGAUUGCGUUAAUCGUAUUAUGUUGCUUAUAGAAAAAAAACUCGAUCGGAUUUCUUUGUAUGCAGUUUGUAUUCAUGUCAGAGUGCGUUACAAACUAUUCUUAAUUUUAAUCUUAAUUGCGUAUAUAUUUGCUGUAAUGAUUUGUUAAAUGGGUAUAUUUAAAGUAAUUCACUGCAUUCAGAUCAUCCUCCAUAAAGUACAAUAGCUGAAACAUAGCACAACAAACGGGUUCCACAAACUGCAAUAGCCAUUUUCAUAUACACAAUCAUACACACACCUAAAUUUACCACAACAAUGCAAUAGCCAAGGAAGCAGUGCAAGACUGUACGACACAGCGAAAAAUAUUUUUGCCUCAAAAGUGCCUUAAUACAUUAUUUAUUGUUUCAUGUUUCUUUAAAUAGAUCUUAAGAAACUUUAGUAACGAUGCGAGAUUCAUUAAUUUGAAUUAAUAAAAUAUCCUAAUAUUAUUAAUUGUACUCUGUAUGACUAUGACUGUAACUUCACAAAUACAAAUCAGUAUUUAGUAGACUCAAUUUAUAUAGCACUUUAGUGUGGCUGCAAUUUAUGAGGUGAACAUAACACAUUGAUCAUAGAAACAAAAGCUUUUGCUUUGGUCUUGUCGUGUAAAUCUCAUGAGAAAAGUAAACUCUUUACUUCAUGUGGUCUAAUGUUUCUAUGUUGUUGCGGAUGUGCAUAAAAGCACCCACGUGAAAAUUUCUAUAAAAAACUGAAAUUCGAUAUAUUCUGAAUCUAUUAUUCAUUUGAUAUGUUGUAUUUAACAUUUGUUUUUAGUUUAAUUAAAUUAAUAUUUUAAACAUUCUUGAAAAUUUAUGAAACUUUCACAAACAGAUGAUAAGGAAAUCUUGAACAUCGUUUACCUUUGUGUUACUGAUACAACUUGAAAUUUACGAAUAUUUUUUUUCAACUUGUUGAAGAGCGAGAAUGCAUUUAUAACCGAAUGCAAAUCUGCCAAUGUAUUGUUCUCUGCUCGCAACAAUAAAUGAUAUACUCAGUUAUAUUAUUAUUUUUACAUAAUAAUACAAUAUUUCUUCUUUUUUAUCCAAAAGAGUAAGCACUUUUCUAUAGAGUAAAGGUUUUUAAUAAAGAGCACAAGCUCUUGCAAGUGAUUUAUAGAUAAGCUAACUUACAAACUAUUAAAAAUAGAACGUACGAUACAGAGCCAAUGAUCUUCUGAAUUGUUUUUUUUAUCCACGAUGCCGUUAGCUACAGAAUUUCGAUUGUUAUACGAAUGAUUAUUCUUGAUGUUGCCGUGCGCGUAUCAAAUUGGGGAUCCAAAUGUGUGUUUGUUCUUAUUUGUGAUAUAUCCGGAAGGAGAUGUGGUUUUCAAUGGUCUUCUGAAAAAAGUAUAUUAGGGACAUGCAUGGAAGGUCAAGGUUCGUCAAGAAAUCGCGACAGGAUCAGUUUGUUGACAUAACAUGACCAAUAUCAAUGCCGCGGUAACUUCCGCCGCAGACACAGGUCCCGUUCAUAACAAUCAAAUACAUGCCCAUUCACCGUGAGGGUUCCAUUCGCCGCUCACUUUUCAUUUUUGUUUUUUUUUUUU